CCUUGCUACCUGGGUAUACAUCAAAUUUUAAUAAAGAUAAUAAAAUUGGAAAUAUUAUGAUUCAUUUUGGAUUCACCAUUUUAAAUUAAAAAAUUCUGAUGUCAGAUUCGUAAUCAGCGAUCCCCAAAACCUGUGUUUGUAUUUCAUAAAGGCGUUUAUAAAAAUUCGAAUCUCAAAGGGUUAAAAUGCAAAAUAUUGGUUUUGUAUUAUAGAUGUGCCAUUUUUCGUUUGUAAUGACGAAGUCUAUGGUUUUCUUAUGGUUCCUUUGGAGAAUGAUGAAACUAUCGCGGAAGAUAUGCAACGAUUGACUAAUACCAAGGUGGAAAUAUUGGCAUCUAGCGACUAUUUGCCGUUGUCAGAUGACUUGAAAGAAUUUGUGGUGUAUCCGGAGCAAGACACUCUCGGUCUGGAUCGCAUCUACAUGAUAAAUCUGUUAAGGAGACCGGAGAGACGCAGAAGGAUGCAGAGGCUCUUCAAGGAACUCGGUAUAGAAGCAGAAAUUAUUGACGCCGUGGAUGGUAGAAAUUAAACAUCUCACCGUACGAAUACCGAUAAAAACAUGAUCUGCUUGGUUAAUUAAAGAAAUAAAAACAUAUAUUUCAUACCUUUU